GUUACCAUUCUAUUCUUCAGCUGCCUCUUUCAGAUCAACUUUUCUCCUCCAACCUGUUGUCACUAACCUAAGUCAGCAAUAAUCAGUUAUGGAUUCUGAGGACAUAGCAAAUUCUGUCGAGGAGCCACCAUUCAGUCUGAGGGAGCUACGGGACAUUUUUACCUUAUGCCUUUCAGAAGAUAAGGAGGUAUACAUAGAACACUACGUGAAAGGAUGGAGGGUUCUUGUGAGAUUCAUGAAUCGUCUUGGAACUGUUUUUUCCUUCAUCUCCAAGGAUGCUGUCAGCAAAAUUGACAUUCUGGUAAACUUCCUUAAUGGUGAGAAUGGGGCACAUUACAGCACCAUCCAGUCCAUGGUGAAAUAUGAGCAAGAUAAUGACCUGGUCGACAUCACCAAACGUGACAAAUACCCAGAGUCCGGCUGCCGAACCCUCCUAAGGCUGCACCGUGCUCUCCGCUGGCUGGAGCUCUUCCUGGAGCGUCUGAGGACCAGUAGUGAAGACGGUAAGACCUCCGUGAUGUGCUCAGAAGCCUACAAUGAGUCCCUGGCUCAGCAUCAUGACUGGAUCAUCCGCAAAGCUGCAGAAAUGGCAUUCUUUGUGCUCCCUGGACGCCCAACAUUUUUUGAGGUGAUGAAUGCUGGUACCCCCAAAGAUGUAGUUGACAUGUUGGGGGAAACUUUGCCCCUCAUUUCUGAAGUGUACAAGAUUACAGAGGAUCUGUAUGCUCAGCAUGAGCUUUUAGAAUUGCCCUAACAAGUGUUACUCUUUGGUAGUUUGUGGAGACUGUUUCUUUCUGCAGUAGACACACUCUCAAUAACCAGAAUAUCUGAAUGGUCAAGGCUGCCGGUAUGAUAAAGCAGACCACAUUAUUCAACAUAAUUAUCAUUAAUUCAAUCUUUAUAUCAGAUCCAAAAAAUAGUCAAGAGCAAUCAAUCAAAUCAAUCAACAAAUUUCCCUGUCAUUAUUUUCUGUAAUCCUGCUGCUCCAUUGGUGUUUGGCUGUUGCCUAAAUUUCAAACGCUAUUAAUUAAAUAAAUACCUGCU